AUGUUUAAUUCAUCCACUACUACUCCUCCGACUUCUCCAACAUCAACACCACCAUCCCCUCUAACCGACGUAAAUUUAAAUGACAAUAAUGAAAAUACACAAUUAUCAGUUUUCAAAAUAUCCAAUCAAACGAUAACUCGUCGUUUUACUAUGCAAGUAGAAAAACCAACAUGGCUCGAAUUGGAAUUAAAAGUUCGUGAAGCAUUUUCAAUUCCAUCUUCAGUAUCUCCAGGUUUAACUUAUACGGAUGAAGAAGGUGAUGUUAUUACCAUCUCAUCACAAUUAGAACUUGAGGAUUAUUAUAAACAAUUCAAACGUUAUGAUUUAUCCGAAAAUUAUAAAUUUGGUUUGGUUAUUUUUACACCCAUAAGAGACUAUGUUGAUGAUUCACAAGAUAAUAAUAAUUAUUCUUCUCCUGAUUAUGAGGAACAAGAAGUUCGUAGUAUUUGUCCUACUCA